UUGUCCGGCAGAGAGAGGCGGAGGUCGCUCGCUUGCUCGCUCGGUCGCUGGGGCGAUCUGUGGCGGUCGGCGGGCAGGUCGGUCGCGGUAGUCGACACUGUGCAGGGGGGCGAGGCUAUGUCGCGGUGGCAGCCCGGAUGGGCCGGCAAGGCCGGGAGUAACGGGACGUCGUCGCGGAGCUUCUUCCCCCGGAUACAGUGCGGUCCGACUGGAGGUCGCCUCGCCAUUCUCCGGUCCUGAGGAACCCGCGCUGCCCAGAGCCCGCACCACUCACUCUCCGACACGACGCCAAUCGACCCGACCCGACCCGACCCAGCCGGACCUAGCCCAUCCUAAACAGGUAGGCAGCACUAGUUCUUUUGGAGCACAGCGCCCCCACUCGAAGGAGCAUGAAGCUAUUGGAGAACUCCAGCUUCGAGGCCAUCAACUCACAGCUGACUGUGGAGACAGGAGAUGCCCACAUCAUUGGCAGGAUCGAGAGCUACUCGUGUAAAAUGGCAGGAGACGACAAACACAUGUUCAAGCAGUUCUGCCAGGAGGGCCAGCCCCACGUGCUGGAAGCACUGUCCCCACCCCAGACCUCAGGGCUCAGUCCCAGCCGACUGAGUAAGAGCCAGGGCGGCGAGGACGAGGGUCCCCUCAGUGACAAGUGCAGCCGAAAGACCCUCUUCUACUUGAUUGCAACGCUCAAUGAGUCAUUCCGACCCGAUUAUGACUUCAGCACAGCCCGAAGCCAUGAGUUCAGCCGGGAGCCCAGCCUCAGCUGGGUGGUGAACGCCGUCAACUGCAGCCUGUUCUCAGCAGUGCGUGAGGAUUUCAAGGCCCUGAAGCCGCAACUGUGGAACGCUGUGGACGAGGAGAUCUGCCUGGCGGAAUGCGACAUCUACAGCUACAACCCAGACUUAGACUCAGAUCCCUUCGGGGAGGAUGGCAGUCUCUGGUCCUUCAACUACUUCUUCUACAACAAGCGACUGAAGCGGAUUGUCUUCUUUAGCUGUCGUUCUAUCAGUGGCUCCACCUAUACCCGCUCAGAAGCAGGCAACGAGUUGGACAUGGAGCUGGAAGAAGAUGAGGAGGAGGACGAAGGCAGAGGCAGGGGCAGUGAGGGUGGGGCCGAGGAGACCAGCACCAUUGAGGAGGACAGGGUCCAGGUGAUCUGUAUGUGACUGGGAGGAGUGGAG